GACCUACUCUGUUUCAAUGGGCUAGCUUCAAAAUCAGUUAGUAAGUUAGGCCCAUUUUUCAAAUAUUAGUAGUUUCUCGUCAGAUCCAGACGCCGCCAAAGACUGUAGUUGUUGGUAGAAAAGUCAAAGACCGCUUCCUUUUGACUCUUAGGCUCGUCUCCCUUUGCUUUUCCAAUCCAGAGAACACAGAGAAGAAGAAGAAGAAGAUGGAGUCAUCGAUGUCGCAGAAGUUCACUCUUGUUUAUGCUUCCCUCCUCGGAGUUGGUGGGUUGAUGGGUUACCUGAAACGCGGAAGCAAAAUCUCAGUAGUCGCAGGAGGAGGAUCAGCUGCACUGUUCUAUUAUGUAUACAAGGAGCUUCCAGAAAAUCCUGUUUUGGCAUCCUCCAUCGGUAUAGUGGGGUCGGCAGCGUUGACAGGGAUGAUGGGAUCGCGUUACCUAAGGACGAGGAAAGUGGUCCCGGCGGGAGUUGUAUCGAUGGUGUCACUCGUGAUGACUGGGGCUUACUUGCACGGCCUUAUUCGUUCAAGUUAAAGCCUCUCUGCUACGUUCGGUUUCCCAAUAGGGUUUGGGCGAGCAUUUCAUAUUCUGAAAGUUGUUGAACAAUGUGCUUUGUGAUGAUGUUUAUCUACCUUCUUCCUUAUCCAUAUAUAGACUCCCAGAAGGAAUAUGACUAAUGGAAUAACUAUAAUUGAAGAAUCCGGAUCAUAUAUAAACGGACUUCUGUGAUGAAAAA